CUACCCUACCAUUCCAAACUCCUUUUAGACCCUCAGCCUUACACGAGCAUCUUCUUGCCUGAUGCUGUCCGUCAGAACUCAGACUAUCGGACGAGUAGAACUUGCUCAUAAGUGUCGAAUUACUCCAACGAGUACAUACAAGACAGCAUGAAACACGUCGAGGUUGAUGACCAGCUGGUCAGUGCUGCCACGCCAGCGCCAAUACUCGAGGAGGAUCUCAAGAAGAGCGAAAGGGAUCUUGAAGAGGGAUCAACAUCAGUCGAAUUCGAUGAUCCUCCUUCCGAUGACCCCAAUGUUGUUAAUUGGGACGGCCCUGACGACCCAGCCAACCCUCAGAACUGGUCAACGAAGAAGAAGACAAUCAAUGUCAUCCUCGUCUCAUCCGUUACAUUCGUCACGCCACUUGCGUCUUCCAUCUUUGCCCCAAGUAUCGAUCAAGUCAUGAGGGAGUUCCACUCGACAAACGAGCAACUGGCAUCGUUCAUCGUCUCAGUAUAUCUUCUUGGUUACUGCUUUGGCCCCCUAGUCAUCGCGCCUUUGUCCGAAAUGUACGGCCGACUCCCGCUGUACCACAUCUGCAAUGCUCUCUUCGUCGCCUUCACUGUGGCCUGCGCCAAGGCCCCUAACCUGGGGGGACUUAUUGCGUUCCGAUUCCUAGCUGGCCUUGCUGGAUCAUGCCCACUGACAAUCGGAGCCGGCUCGUUAGCUGAUAUGAUCUCCAAGGAGAAGCGUGGAGCUGCCAUGUCUUCGUGGGCUCUGGGACCCCUUUUUGGACCAGUAAUUGGACCGAUUGCUGGUGGAUAUCUUUCGGCAGCGAAGGGCUGGCGAUGGUCUUUCUGGGUUGUUGCUAUUGUUGCUGGUGCGAUCACGAUUGCUGCUUUCAUUUUUAUGAGGGAAACGUAUGCGUACGCUCUCCUUGAAAAGAAGGCUAAGAAGCUGCGCAAAGACACAGGGAACACUAAGCUUCGGUCAAUCCUUGACAAUGGCACGACCACGAAGGAAGUCUUCCGUCUGGCUAUCACGAGACCUACCAAGAUGCUUCUCUUCGCGCCGAUCGUGUCGCUUCUAUCAUUUUAUAUGGCUCUGGUGUACGGGUAUCUAUACCUCCUCUUUACAGCCAUGCCAACACUCUUUGAGGGAGAAUAUCAUUUCUCGAGCGGAUCAGUUGGUCUGUCGUAUAUUGGUCUCGGAGUUGGCUCUCUGACAGGCCUUGCCAUUUCUGGAGCAUCAAUAGACCGCUUCGCUCAGUACCUCACUCGCAAGAAUGGUGGAGAGCCCAAACCAGAGUAUCGACUUCCGUUCAUGGGGGGAGCCUGCUUUAUCGUUCCGGCUGGAUUGUUUAUGUUUGGGUGGUCUGCUGAGAAUAAAGACCAUUGGAUUGUGCCCAUCAUUGGUACUUCAUUCUUGGGAUGUGGCAUGAUUAUCGUAUUUAUGUGCAUCUCAGUCUACCUGGUCGAUGCCUACGUUCAGUAUGCUGCGUCUGCAAUUGCUGCAAGUACUGUACUCCGUUCGCUGGUUGGAGCAUUAUUACCUCUUGCAGGACGAAGUAUGUACAAGAGCCUAGGUUAUGGAUGGGGAACCUCAUUGCUGGGCUUCAUUGCAGCUGCAGCAAUCCCAUUGCCGUUUAUCUUUUACAAGUACGGCGAAAGGAUUCGAAGAAAGAACUUGUUUGACGUCAAGUUCUAGAUGGAUAGACAAUAUGCACAGUUAUGUUAUGAUUGUAAGAUCUUGUGGGAACGCAUCGAUAAACGAGCAAAAGUCGCAUUAGGAUCUGAGGCGGGCAUAUAGGAGCAUCUCUAUUCCAGUAUAGAUAGAGGAGGAAUCACACUUGCAGUUAACAGCAAUAGGUGAUGGUUAAUAAGAACAGGAGUAACAACUCCAGAAGUGCUCAUCGAUCGGCCUAGUGAUAGAGAGAGUCCUGCCAGGUUCUGACAUGUUCACGUCUCCAGAGCC